AUGACGAUUUUGAGGGAACUAAUGAGAAUUAAUGACCCUACAGUGCUAGCCUUGGUUGAAACUCACAUAAGUGGCGAGCAGGCUCAGAAAAUUUGUGAUCGUAUUGGUUUCUCUGGCCAAACUAGAGUGGAAGCAGAAGGUUUUCGGGGUGGAAUUUGGCUAUUCUGGAAGGCCGAGAUAGUUACUGUUACCCCAUAUGACAAUCAUAGUCAACAUUUAACUGUAGAAAUCAAGCGAAUUGGUGAUGAUCCUUGGCUCUUCUCUGCCAUAUAUGCUAGCCCAGACUCCUCGCUGAGACAUGACUUGUGGCGCGAGCUAGAAAAAAUUAAAAACCAGUAUACGGGGCCGUGGCUAUUAGCGGGAGACUUCAAUGAAACUUCCAAUGUGCGAGAAAGGAAUGGUAGUGAAUCUUCAGAGAUGCAACGACGAUGCAGAGCCUUCGCAAACUGGAUUGAAAAUAACGAACUUAUUGACCUGGGAUGUACUGGUCCGGAACAUACAUAG